AUGAAAAAUGAUCCCUCGGUUCCUGAAACAAGGGUCAAACUGAAGAGGAGACUCAGCCAAGUUGCUUCGGAUUAUGUCAAUGCUAACUUUGUAACGGGUUACAAUGACGACAAGCGGGCAUACGUAGCAACACAGGCGCCUCUUGAUUCUACUGUUGCUGACUUCUGGAGAAUGGUCUGGGAACAACAGUCACGUGUCAUCAUCAUGCUAACCGCCAUGGAGGAAAAUGGUCAUCCCAAGUGUGCCCACUACCUGCCUGACUGUCUGGGAGACUCGCUACAGAGGUACGGGGACUUCAUGAUUCUCCUAAAGAAGAAAGACGUGCACCAGGAAUACAUCAUCUCCAUACUGGAACUGAAGGACAUUGAGAACAAUCUGGUACGGGAAGUGAAGCACUGCUGGUAUACUGCCUGGCCCCAACAUGGCAGCCCAGAGCCGAUAUCCCUGGUCAAGUUCAUCCUGGACACCAGGGUCUUCUAUGAGGACAGUGGGGCGCCGCUAAUAGUGCACUGCAGCCCAGGAACAGGAAGAACAGGAACAUUCAUCGGGACGGAUAUCUGCAUGCGCCAGUAUGAGAACCUACGUAUUGUGGAUAUUCUCCACACCGUGUACCGUCUGCGGAAGGAGCGUGCUGGAUCAGUGCAGACAAAGGAACAGUAUACACUGAUAUAUAAUGCUCUGAAUGAGUACGCUUCAGUGCUGAGCAGCCCUGCCAUUUCCACAGCCUCAUCAUCAAUGACCUUACACAGUGUGCAUUAA